CACGUGCUAAUAGUAUCCAGAUAUGCCGGACCUGAGCACUGAAACCAACGUUCAGCUGCUAAGCAGAUUUGAAGGCUCGUGGUCGUACCUGACCAACCUUGCCUGGGUAAAGAUAUCGGCGUCAGGAAGCAUCAAGCCCUCCAGUUUCCCUCCCCAGAGUCUCUGAUAACGCUCGUGCCAUGCCAGGCAGAGUUAUGCGGCGUUCGUGUGCCUGCCGCGUGGAAGACUCGAGUGCGACCACGGCGGCGGUUGCAUGAUCUAUCCCGCAUGUCGGUGCGUGGUUAUUAGCAAACGUCGGUGCGUGGUUAUUAGCAAACAGUCUGAGACAUUCUGAGGCAUCGUCAGGCCCUCGUCCCUCAGCGAUGGCGGAUGCGUACCUGGAUGCUGUGCCUCCGGUGGCUUGCCUUUCCCCGGUGUCCUGGCAAAAUCUCCUUGGCCAACAUCUCCGUGGUCUGCGCCCGGCCGUGUCAAACGGCGCGCCUAGAGUUGAGGAACGGUCACAGAAACCCAAGCUUCCAUACUCCACACGCCAUGCACCUUCGAAACGCAAGCGCAGGGCAGGUAUGCAGGCCACCGGGCGGCGCCAUCCUUGGGGUAACCCGGUCGUCCGCGGGUAAUGGGUUAAGCUUGCCCCCGCUCACGUUUUGCCUGGCCGCUGCCACUUGGCUGCCAACGCACCCGUUGUGGCACACGGCUUUCACAGCCUUCAUACCGCUGGAGGCCUGUCAGGCAAGGGAGAACCGGGACGCUUCGGCGCCGUUAUUGGCCACCGGAUCGUCACACACACGGGGCAGCGGCAGGUAUCCGAGUGCUGGCCACGGCCCGAGCCCCAUCUCAUCUCUCUGAGACCGGAGCCCUGGGAACGCCGUCGCCAGUCUUGGCAAGCCCUGCACUCGAGUCCGCCGAGUCCACC